AUGUCAACACCAAAUGAGAGUUCAUGGGAAAAUAUUUUAGUAGGAUCACUUUCACAUCAUAUAUAUAAAGAACUCAAUAAUGAUGUUCAGGGAACAAGUUACGAUAGUUAUUGUAGUGAAUUCAGUAAUACAGGAAAUAGUAACAACUUAGAGAGUUAUAAUCUGUGUAAAAAAAUAUCAAGAAAUACAGAUAUUUUAUCAGUAUAUCGUGAUACAAUUCAUUUUAGUACACUUUGUUCACAUUAUAGAUAUUGGGCAUAUUACAAUAUAAAUAAAAUUUUAGAAAAUUUUACAGAUAAUAAUAAUGCCAAACCAUUAGUUAAAAAAUUUUUACAGGUUCGAGAUAAUAUUACUAGGGUUUUUAAUGCGUAUUAUUGCCAAUAUAGCUUUAACGAUGAUAUUCUACAAGAACUAAAUAAUAUGAAAGAAGAAAAAUAUUUACAUGAUUAUUUUAAAAAUUAUGAUAUUAUUAAAACAUCUGAUAGUUGUAGUCGUGUUACACUCAGUGUAUAUGAAAAAUAUCUUAAUUAUAUUAUUAAACUAUAUAACAAGCAUAAAAAUCAGAUGAAAUGUUGUAUAUAUUCAUUUUGGACAGAAUGUGAAGACUAUUUUAGAUGCAAUGAAGAAUUUGAUCCUAAUAAAUUGUUGUCUACUUUAAAGUCUAACGGAAGUAAAAAGUGCAAUAACUUAAUAAAAGCUCAGACACAUCCAACAUCAGAUAGUAUAACACAUUGGGGGCAUUCCCUAACAAAUGUUACAGAUUCAAUUUAUUAUUUUAUGUGUACAGAUAUAACAAAUGGUAACAUUACAAAUAGCCAACAAAAAGAUGGAAGGCUUAGAUGUCAUAGAUUUAGGACAUUCGAUAGAUCGCAUAAUAAUCUGAUAUCGCCUUCUCUUCAACCUCCUUCUGUGCAGGUUCCUUUUACGUUUUCUGGACAAAGAGGAUUUUCUUUAUCUGCAGAAUUACCACGUGAGAGCCUAGAAUUAAACGAACAUUUAAAAAAACAAUAUAUGUUAUCCCCUUCACAAACACCAGAUUUAACUCAAGAUAAGAGUGAUGAUAAAAAUGCUCCUUGCAAAAAUACACUAUUAGUAAGAGAUAUAUCAGGAAUAUGCAGAGAGCCCGAUGUUCGCGAAACUCAAACUAUUGGAGUAAAAUUGAACACAUAUUCUCCAGGAAGAAAAAUAAAAAUCAGACUAAAUCAUAAUUCUAACAUGUUCAAAAACAAUUUUUUUCGCGUUGGAAUCGCAUUUACUCUGAUAGCAGGACUAAUUUUCACUAUUUUCCUUUUUUAUAAAUUUACUCCUUUUGGAAGAUGUUUUCAUAAAAAAGUAUCAAAGAAAAAAAGAAUUGACGAUUAUUAUGAUGAUCCGUAUAUGCGUCAUUUUAUUAUCCGAGCUCCAAAAUAUGGCAGAAGAAAAACUGGGAAUAGGGGAUUACAAUUUUCUUAUUAUACUAGGUGA